AUGGCCAUCCCAAAGUGCCCCCUAAGCCCAGUGCCCUGGGAACAGGACAGCUUCCUUCAAGUGAAGGUAGAGGAAGAGGAAGAAGAGGCUGGCCUCACCCAGGGCCAGGAAUCCACCCACCAUGCUGCCCACACUGAAGCUGCAUGCCUGCACCUCUGGCACUUGCGCUACGAGGAGGCAUCUGGCCCCCAUGCGGCACUGACCCAGCUAUGAGAGCUGUGUCACCAGUGGCUGCAGCCUGAGUCAUGCUCCAAGGAGCAGAUGCUGGAGCUGCUGGUGCUGGAGCACUUUCUGGGCGCAUUGCCUCCCAAGAUCCAUGCCUGAGUGGAGGCCCAGUGCCCCACAACCUGAGAGGAUGCUGCCAUGCUGGUGGAAGACCUGACUCAGGCACUGGACAAGAGAGGAUGGGUGUCAGGAGCUGAGCCCACAGAGACAAGCUGUGAGCAGAGCAAUUCUGAAGAGUCAGAGCUAUCAGACAUGGCCACUGAAACCCUCAUGGGAGGUGUUUCUCCUGAACCUGCCCUCCCUGGCCCUUGUGAACCUGAGGACAGCUCAGAGAGGCAGGCGGGACUCUUGCUGGUGAUCUGGACAAAGUCUGCCACCCAAGAGGUGGAUUUCGGGAAAACUCCAAGGCCUAAAAAGGACACCCCUGCUGAGCAGCCUGUCCAUGAGUGUGGAGCCUCAGGAAACAGAUCCAGCAUGUGGCCAGACUUCACCUCCCAAGAGAAGGCUCCUUCAGAGGAGAAAUUCAGUCCCUUGCAUGGUUAUGGGACAGUGCCUCCAUAUACAUUCUCAGGGAAGAAGCCCUUCAGGUGUGCUGAAUGCAGGAGAACAUUCCAGAGCACCUCAGCCCUUGAGGUGCAUCAGAAGAGUCACCCCCGGAAAAUGCCCUAUGCCUGCAGUGAGUGUGGGAAGGCCUUCAGUCACAGCACCCACCUCCUCCAGCACCAGGUUGUGCAUAUGGGGGCGAAGCCCCAUGUGUGUAAGGAGUGUGGGAAGGCCUUCAGCUGGGUUACCCACCUCACACAGCACCAGAGGAUUCACACUGGGGAGAAGCCCUACAAAUGUGGGGAGUGUGGCAAGACCUUCAGCCGCAGCACCCACCUCAUGCAGCACCAGCGAGUGCACACAGGUGAGCGUCCCUAUGAGUGCGACGAGUACGGGAAGGCCUUCAGCCAGAGCACCUACCUCACAUAGCACCAGCGCAUCCACACUGGGGAGAAGCCCUACAGGUGCGACGCCUGCGGGAGGGCCUUCAGUGACAGCUCAGCUCUGAUCCGACACCUGCGAAUCCACUCUGGAGAGAAACCCUAUCAGUGUAAGGUUUGUCCAAAGGCCUUUGCACAAAGCUCCUCCCUCAUUGAGCACCAGCGAAUCCAUACAGGAGAGAAGCCCUAUAAGUGCAGCGACUGUGGGAAAGCCUUCAGCCACAGCUCAGCACUUAUGGUGCACCUGAGGAUCCAUGUCACAGUACUGCAGUGA